UAAAAAACUUCAUUAUUAAAGGGGAAAUAAAAAACUAUAUAGAACACCCCAUCCAUGUGAUGAGACAAUUCUUCUACCACCAAAUCAACAAUCUGCAAAGAUAAAAUAAACAAAAAGAACUCGAAAGAAGGAGGAAAACAAAAAGAAAAAUUUAGUAACUACCGAUACCAUAUAAUAAUAAGAAUAGUAUUAUUAAAAGAGAAAGGGAAGGGAAGGUAACACGCUAUGGCGGCGGAAUCGGGUGGUACGCCGACAAACUUUGAUCUUCCCGAGGAGGUGGUGCAAGUGCUACCGUCCGAUCCCUUCCAGCAGCUCGAUGUGGCUCGCAAGAUCACUUCCAUUGCUCUAUCGACACGUGUCAACACCCUCGAAUCAGAGCUGUCCUCGCUUCGCGCCCAGAUCGCCGACAAAGACAACCUCAUCGCCGACCUUCAAUCUCAGCUCGACUCCCUCGACGCUUCCCUCUCCCAAAUCGCCGACAAACUCCUCCAAACCGAACAAGAUAAGGAGAGCUUGCUCCAGGAGAAUGCUUCGCUUUCCAACACCGUCAAAAAGCUCAAUCGAGAUGUCUCCAAGUUGGAGGUUUUCAGAAAGACGCUUAUGCAAUCACUUCAGGAGGAGGAUGAUAACUCUGGAGCAGCUCCAGACAUUGUUGCUAAAAUACAGAGUCAAGCAAGUUUGACUUCCACGUCGCAGAUUGGAGAUAAUGAUGUUUCAUUGCCACCGUCUGUAUCUUCUUCAACAGGAAAUUCUUUUGCCAAGGAUCAUGAAUCUGAUGCCAUAAGACCUAGAGUAUCACAGAAUCUCCUCUUAGCAUCUCAAGGUUCCACCCCUCGGAUUACUCCCCCUGGUUCCCCUCCUAGUUUGUCGGCAUCAGUAUCACCUACGAGAACAUCUAAACCUGUAUCACCACAGCGACAUUCAAUUUCCUUUGCAACCACAAGAGGCAUGUAUGAUGACAGGUCUUCAAUGUUUUCCUCAAUGUCCUUAACUCAUGGUUCAAUAUCAAGCUCUGAUGCAGGAACAGGAUCACAAACUGGACGAACACGGGUGGAUGGGAAAGAGUUCUUUCGCCAAGUCAGGAACCGUUUGUCUUAUGAGCAAUUUGGUGCAUUCUUGGCUAAUGUUAAAGAAUUGAAUUCCCAUAAACAAACAAAAGAGGAAACGCUACGGAAAGCUGAUGAAAUUUUUGGGCCUGAAAACAAGGAUCUGUACACUAUAUUUGAGGGAUUGAUUAAUCGCAAUCUCCAUUGACAUUGUGCUUAAGAGAUUCUUUCCAAAUUUGUAAUAACGGAUACUAUCGUGCAUGUCUCCUUAUUUAUAGCAACUUUUUUUUCUCCCCUCUGUAUAAUACAAUACUUUUUUUUGAACAUGAAAACCGAAUGACAGUCUUGGCAGGACUACAA